AUGUCCAGAAAACAGGUGAAUCCUCGACAGAUGCACAAACUACUCGUCGCCAACAGAGGAGAAAUAGCAGCCCGCAUACUCUCUUCAGCUCGAGAGCUGGGGUUGGACACAUAUGCCGUUUACACAGAGAAUGAUCACAGUCACACAUAUAAUGCAGCCCACGCUGUACGCCUUACUUCACCAGCAGCAUAUAUGGAUGUGAACGAAAUUAUCAAAAUCGUCAAAGAACAUCAUAUUGACGCUGUCCAUCCCGGAUAUGGCUUCCUUUCGGAGUCUCCUGUUCUCGCCGCUCAAAUGGCUGAGAUUGAUGUCCUAGUGGUUGGACCUGGGGCUGAGAACCUCGAACGAACUGGAGAUAAACUUCAAGCGAGACGAUUGGCCGAGGAGUGUGGUGUUCCCGUCCUUCCUGCUUUCACAAUGCCGACUGGGAGUGUGCAGGAAGUGCAGCAGUUUGCUGAGAAAAAUGGACUACCGAUCAUGGUCAAGGCAGUGGAUGGAGGAGGCGGCCGCGGAAUCAGAUUGAUCCGCAAGAUGGAGGAUCUCCAAAGUUUGGUCAAGAGAGCUAUCGAGGAGAGUCCAAGUCGUCAAGUCUUCGCGGAGAAAGCUGCUGUUGAUGGAUUUCGGCAUGUGGAAGUGCAGAUUAUUGGCGAUGGACAAGGCCGCGUCAUGCACUUGUGGGAACGAGAGUGCAGUAUUCAGAGGCGUUACCAGAAAGUGGUCGAGUUGGCACCUAGCAUGGCAAAAGACAGGAGUAUCGUGGCCCCUGUCAUCGAGGCCGCCGUCAGAAWCGCAACCAAGGUCAACUACUCAUCUCUAGGGACAUUCGAGUUCCUUCUCAAUCCGCACACCAAGGAGUUUUUCUUCCUAGAGAUCAACCCACGGCUACAAGUCGAGCACACGAUUACCGAGUCAAUAUGCGCCGUAGACAUCGUCAAAUGUCAACUGCGUCUUGCGCAAGGUGCUUCCUUUGAAGAAACUGGACUGUCAGAACUAUCUCAAGAUCCCUUGACACCACCUCAACAACAUUCGAUCCAGCUGAGGGUCACAGCCGAAGAUCCAGAAAAGAACUACUCCCUCUGCAUCGGCAAGAUUCAGUCCUUCAAUUUCCCUUCCGGCGUUGGCACCCGUGUAGAUACAGCCCUAGUACCUGGGUCUCCUGCAGUUGUGACCUCCGAYUUCGACAGCGUGAUUGCGAAAAUCAUAAUCACUGCCCGGACCUGGCCUGAUGCCGUUUGUAAAGCCGCGCGAGCGCUUGAAGAUACGACCGUGACUGGAAUUCAAACAAACCUCGCACUACUACGAGCCAUCGUUUCACACCCAGACUUCGCGGCUGGAGAGUGUGAUACCCAAUGGCUAGAAGCGUCGCAUGAAGAUUUACUCGCUCGUAGCCGGAAACUGCAAGACCGGAAAGAUCCCUUUCAUGGUCUUGCGAAGCAGACAUCGAGUAGCUCCUCGCCAUCGACUGCAAUGGGUGGAGGCAACACUCAAUUCCGCAAAGACGAUGCCUGGACGAUCAAUCUUCGACAGCAAGGCACCAAACAAGAUUCCGAGCAACAGCCUCAUCACUUACAGCUCACCAAAGUCUUGCGCAACGACUUUCCCGAAACACUCGCAGCCGACAUACUGUACACCACCCCUGGUUCCAAGCCGCAAUCCUACACCAUGGAGAUCAAGACGACCUCAGCAUCUGGAGCUGCCAUGGGCUCACAACAUAGACAAGCAUCAAAGUCAGAUCCCAAUCAUGUUGCGAUUCCAAUAUCUGGGAAAUUGGUGGAAGUACUUGUCGAUCCUGGUGAUGUGAUACAAAAGGAUGCCCCUAUAUGUGUUAUCAAGCAGAUGAAAAUGGAGGUCGAAGUGCGCUCGCAWAAACAGGGACGAGUAACUUUCGUUACAGAAGCAGAAGAUGACGAAGACGUCGCUGAAGGUAUGCUCGCCGCGAUUGUGGAAGAUGAAAGAAGCCAGUCAAAGCUAUGA